UGGAGAAUGCUAAUAAUAAUGUUUCUUCGUUGCAGAAAGCAGUGUGUUGACAAUGGCAGCCAGCGACAAUAAUGGCAAAAAAGUGACCCCUGCACUCCGAAUAAGUCAGCUUGAUGCCCUUGAACUAAACAGAGCCUUGGAGCAGCUAGUUUGGUCCCAGUUUACUCGAUGUUUUCAUGGAUUUAAGCCUGGCCUGUUGGCUCGCUUUGAACCAGAGGUUAAGGGAUUUCUUUGGCUUUUUUUGUGGAGAUUCACCAUCUAUUCUAAGAACGCGACAGUGGGACAGGCUAUUCUGAACAUUCAGUACAAGAAUGACUUAUCCCAGAAGCAAAACUACCAGACGCUAAGCAAGCACCAGAAACUAUGGUAUCUUAUUUGCAUUGUUGGUGGUAGGUGGCUGGAAGAAAGGUGCUAUGAUUUGUUUAGCAAUCGCCCAUUGGAGUCUUUCCAGAAGACCAAGUAUUUCAUUAAUUUAGCAGUUGGAUUCCUCAAACUUUGUGAAUUACUGAACUUCCUCAUUUUUCUUCAGAAAGGAAAGUUUGCUACCCUCACUGAGCGUAUUUUAGGAAUCAGGUCUGUGUUCUGUCAGCCUCAGAGUAUUCGUCAAAUUGGAUUUGAAUACAUGAACAGGGAACUCCUGUGGCAUGGGUUUGCAGAAUUUCUUAUUUUUCUUUUGCCCCUUAUUAACAUGCAAAAACUCAAACUCAGUCUUUCUUCUUGGUCUCUAGCUGUUGCAGGAUGUUCAAAUAAGGAAAAUUCUUUGGCAGCAGGUAGUAAGGAAUGCUGUCUCUGUGGAGAAUGGCCAACUAUGCCUCAUACCAUUGGCUGUCACGUUUUUUGUUACUACUGCCUUAAAAGUAACUACUUAUUUGAUAUGUAUUUUACCUGUCCUAAAUGUGGCAUGGAAGUGCAUGACCUGCAGCCAUUAAAAUACAAGAUAGAAAUGAAAGAGGUGUACACUUAGUAGCCUUUUUGAAGACCCCCCCCCAAAUUCAUAACUACACUUUGUGAAAUCUACACUUUGUGAAAUCUACUGAAUAGUGAUAUUUAAAUAAAGCAUUGCCUCUUAAUUUUGCCUUUUAUAGUUUAACAUAAAAUAUUUUAGCACUGUUUGUAAAAAUGAGCAGUUUUUGUAAAGAAAUGGUGAUUGGUUUUGUCCUAUUUUAUUUAUACUCCCAGAACUAAAGGUCUGAUAGCAAUAACCCCUUCACACAAUUUGCUUCCUGGUUUAGUGCUGCUCCUUACAUGGUGGCAUUACAAACAUCCGGUAAAUAUCAGACAAUCAGAUUUACAGAUUCCUUGUAUCCAGUUCGCAAAUUCCCCUAUGGUGACAUGAUCCUGCAGUAUCACUGUGCCAGUUUGACUUGAGAUGUUUUGCAGCCACCUGCAUGGAACAUUUAAGACAACUUCACCUUGUACUAAAGAAUCACACAGGCUGAAUUGCAGUAUAUCAAUAGGGAAAGGACCACAGAGAACCAGCACAAAGGUACCAAAUUUGACCCACUCUCUUCUGUACAAUAAGGUUGUAUUUAAAUCCUAGAUUACUUGCUAAAGAAAACAGUAUUCUCUACACAAAAGUCUAUUGCAAUGCAAUCCUGUGUGGAGUUCUCCAAUCUAAACUGGUUGAUUUCAUUGGAUUUACAGAUGUAACUGUACAUAGGAUUAUACUGUUCUCCACACAGUACUGUGGCCCACAUUUCAAAUUAUAGUGAACAAUGUUGACUGGGUUUCAUAGAGGUUACACUGAAUAUAGUCCAGUACUAUAUAGCAUAAGAGUAAGUGUUGGAGCAAUAAUUGUAUAGCUUGGAAAAGCUAGAGUGUUUGCAUAAUCUUUGCCUCAAGAAAUUUUGAUUUUUUUUAACAAAUAUUUUUCUUAGAUUCCUGUUUUCAAGGAGGAGGAUGACCUGUCACUAUUGACCUCUUUAUACUCUGACAGUAUCACAGGUUCACAGCUCUGUCCUUAUAGUGAACUGGCUUUGUGUUAAUGUAUGACAAACAUUGAAGGUGGGCAUAAAUGACAGUAUGAUAGCAAGGAACUUUCUCUACAGGAGGUCUUUACCUCAACAGUAACAUUGUAAAGAAGGUAAAAGCACAGUCUUGACUUUCUUCCAAUUAAAUUUGAUUUGGAUCUUAAUUGCUAUUGUAUACUGUAUUCUAACAGUUGACAAUGUAACCUAACAAAGAUGUAUAGAUUUGACGAGCUAAACAAAAAUGACUGAAUAAAAAAGAACCUCUUUUUAAAUGAAA